AUGCCGCUCCCUCCAGCACCCAGCGCGGUUCGAACAAAAUCGAUCAAGGAAAAAGGUUUGAUCUCGAGCGAGCGAUACGAAGCACUGUAUACUACCAUUAAGGAGACUCCUGGGACGUUGGAGUCUACAGUAACCGCUUUGUACCAAGAUCUCCUUCCUGCUGUAGUGUACCAUGAACGCGCAAUUUGGUCCAUUAAUAUGGAGCAGAGGUUGAUGGAAAACAGGUCGGAUUUCACCUUCAAGAUUUGGAGGAAGGACGAGAACGGUGUUCUCAGAUGGGAUACGUUUCUGGUUGGCGAGGUGAAAGCCCCUUCGAAGACAACCCCUGCCGCACUAGAUGAGCUGGAAGACCAGCUCACUAAAUAUUUAAAUGCUGCCCUCGCGGCCAAGCCGGCGCAAGUCGAAUUUGCCUACGGUGUGGCCAUGAUUGGUGUACGCGUCCGCGUUGUGUAUAUGGAACGAGGCAAGGGGCUGAAAUACCUCUGGAACAACGCAGACCGCACUAUCAACAGCUACUUCGGUAUUGGGGACGAGGGCAGGAAAGCGGUUAUCAAGGAACUAUUCCGGCGGUGGAUACCGGCAUGGAGUGUGGGCAGCGAAGUAACUCAUCAGGAGUUCCUCACCCACUAUACUCUACAAGCAUAG